AUGGCCAUCGAGUCUCAGAUACCCUGGGAGAAGCUCAAGGGGGACACUAUGAAGGCCAUCUUCCGAGACCUUGGCUUGCCGCACGCUAUGGGGAACAAAGAUGAGAUGGUGGAGCGACUGCAGGCGGUCGAGAGGGACGGUCUCAAUGCUGUAGCGGAACGAUUCGGGGACGCGCAGGCGGGUAGCUCACAUCCUCGUUCACGGCCGAGGCAGCCUUUUUCCCAAGUCAGUGUGCAAGAGAGCGCGUCAACGAGGAGGAGUGUGGUAGAGGUGGCCGUUCCCAUGAAGGGCCCGACCACGAGCAAGCGUAGAGUGGAGGUGGCUGUCCCGAUGGCCCGCGUUGGUGAACCGAACAGCAAGCAGCAGAAGAAAGUCUUUGACGGUGUCGUGUUGGCUGCACCCCUUCCGGACAGGGAGCAGGUAUCCAGAGAACAGAUGUUCAUUGGUGUGGUUAUGCCUCCCGUUGAGAGGCCUCGUAGUGCGAAGAGGAAGGCGGGCGGUGGGUACGAAGCGGAGUCUCCGGCGGGUAGAAGGGAGCAAAAUAAAAUGCCGCGCAACGCGAAUAGGGACAACGGCAGGUGA